GGGGCCGCGGGGUGCGUUUCCCCCGUCUCGAGGUAUAAAUCCGUCAAUCGGCUGCUGCUCCUUUUCCACUUCGAUUCGCCGUCUCCUCCUCCUCCCCCCUUCCCCUCCGUCUCGCUCCUCGCCCUUAUCCCCGUCCCUUUCCCCUUCCUCCCACCCGCAGCCGACGAAACUUUCCCCACGCCCCUCGGCGGAUCGGACCGCCGCGCUCCAUCCAUGUCGGAGGAAUCUGGUCGCCCUUUGCCCAAGUUUGGCGAAUGGGACGUCAACGACCCAGCUUCUGCUGAUGGGUUCACUGUUAUAUUCAACAAAGCCAGGGAUGAGAAAAAGGCUGGGAAUGGACAAGAUACCGAAUCCCCUUGCAAAGAUGCCAGGACUGAGAGGGUGGAAUCUUAUGCCACCAAGGCAAAUUCAAAGAAGUGGUUUUGCUGCGUGACACCAAGUCCUACACAAUCUUGAGGAGGACAAGCGUCGCCCGAAGAAAAAAUGGUUGCGAAAGUAUGGUCGUUUAAUUUUGCUAUAUACAUACUAUCCAUAAGACCUUGUAAGAGGUACCCAGCCCCCCUGGGCAUAUCGCGAUGGGUAUCUCGUAAAACUCUGAAGUGUGUAUGUAUGGUGUGAGGGUUGUCAGACACUCAUUUGGAUAAGUGAACUUCUGAUUGUAAUUCUGGUCUCCUUGUCGGUCUCCUUUUGUGUAGUAGUAGUGGUGAAGUUGAUAUGUGAUUUGAGUCUCGCCUA